AUGAUACAAUUCAAUAGUUCUAUGCCUAAUUGGUAUAUUGUAUACAGACUAUCCAAAAAAUUUCAAUUAAUUAUGACUGUAAUGUUGAUUUUUUUACUAAUCGGCAUCUGUACUGCUGAAAAAAUUGUUACAUCCAAAGUUUUUGUGAUUCCUAUUGGGCCUAAAACAUUUAACUGGACAUCUGAUGGUAAUAAAAAUACAUUUUCGUAUCAAGCAUCACUGAUGAAUGCUCCUGAUUUACCACCAUGGAUUCACUAUACAUAUAGUAAUUAUCACCACAAGGGAUUUCUCUACGGUGUUGCACCAAAAGAUCAAGGAGAUUUUAAGUUGGAAAUUGUUGGAUUGAACAAAAAAAAUUAUGAAACCAGCUAUAAAGUUAUUGACAUAAACGUUGAAGAAAAAAAAAAUUUAACGACAUAUGAAGUAUACUUAAAAAUAGACAAUUUAAACAUUGAACAGACAUUUGAUAAUUAUCGGAUGGAAAAUCUUUUGAACGUUUUUCGAGUCGUUUUAAAACUUGGUAGUACAGUGCAAUUUUCUCAUGACUUGAAUCAUUUUGAAGAAGAAUUGAGACCGUUGAAAAUAAGAUCACCCUGCCCGAAAGAUUUUAAAAGAAGUUCUAGAGAGAGAAUUUUUCGAGAUGCUGGAUUUGUUUUGGAUUGGUGUUCUUUUAAAUUAAUUUCAGAAAAUCAUAGUUUACUUCAAGAAAGUGCAAGACGAGAACCAAGUAUGAACGUUAUUGGUAGAUCAUCAUUAGAAAUACCAGAGCAUGUAGAAUGGCUAUGGGCAAGGCCAAAGAAAUCACUUAUACCUACGAGAAGUUAUCUCAAAGAAAUAUUAUUGACCGUAUUUACUUCGUUAAGUUUGCUCUUGGUACUAUUUUCUCUGUUAAGCACAGCAUUCUGUUUUCAUCACAUUAAAUUAAAAGAUCCGGUCUCCAAAAAGUAUUUUUAUGAAUUAUUUAAUAUUUAUCAAUUGGAUCAUAAUCAACGGAAUAGACCAACUAAGAAACUACCGCCCGUUGAAAACGUUGAGAAAAAUGGAGUACAAAUGGUUCAUUAUGCUACUACUCAAAAGGGAACUUUACGUUCUCUUACCGGAUUAUCCGCUAAUCCAGAUGAUUUAUUGUUACAAAGUUCAAGAAUCAACAUAGAACGCUGUAAUCCUUACAUUCGACCGAAUCCUCCUCCAUACAAUGGUCCUAACAAUAUUGGAACUUUACGUGUGAAUUUUUGA